AUGCAAAGUCCGAAUAACAUUGAGGACGAAUGGUCUUGCUCUUUGGCACCGGAAAAUUUCCGCCUUCCCAGAAACGUUAAACCUAUUCACUAUGACCUCACACUCGAGCCGCAUUUCGAAAAGGCAGCGUAUUCUGGCAACGUCACCAUCCAACUUGAGACGCUAGAAGAAGCUGGUGAAGUAACAUUGCACUCUGAGAAUCUGACCAUUGGGUCUGCGUUUAUUGAAGGCCCAGAUAGAAACAAUCGAAUCCCAUUCCUAGAGAACGUAGAGGCCGGCAUGAUAAACUUCUUCUUUGGCGAGCCAUUAAGUGCAGGAGAGACAGCAUCUCUUCGAAUCAAAUUUACUGGAAGUCUGCGCAAUGACAUCUCAGGUUUCUAUGCUUCUCAUUACAACAACCCCGAUGGUUCCAAGGGCGUGCUAGCCGUCACGCACAUGGCACCAACAUACGCCAGGCGAACAUUUCCCUGCUUUGACGAACCGGCAUUCAAAGCUACUUUCCUUGUUACUCUCAUAUCAGAUUCACAUCACACCUGUUUGAGUAAUAUGGACAUUGAUACGGUACAGCAGUUCGCCGAGCAAGGAAAAAAAAUCACCCGAUUUCACAAAACUCCGCCAAUGUCAAGCUACCUCGUCAGCUGUGCUGUUGGCGACUUACAAUACAUCCAGAAUAUGGAAAGUCGUGUACCUAUCCGCAUUUACACAACUCCAUCAGACAACGUCCAAUUGACACAGUAUGCGGCUCAUAUCGUCGCCCGUGGCCUCAAAUUUUACGAGGACAAAUUCAAGAUCCCAUUUCCAUUGCCCAAAUUGGACUUCUUAGCGGCUCCUACAUUCUUACCUGGGGCUGUAGAAAACUGGGGGAUGAUAAUGGGACAGUCGUCUUUCUUCCCAUUCGACAAUGCAACCGACGGAGAGGAUAAAAGAGAGGCAAUUGCGGAAACUUUGCUCCACGAAUUGGCUCAUAUGUGGUUUGGAGAUUUGGUUACUGUGGAAUGGUGGGAUCAACUUUGGCUUAACGAGGGCGGUGCAACGGCGAUGACUAUAGACUGCUUACGGAGCUUGGAGCCCACAUGGUCAUCAUGUGCAUAUCGUCGUACUGGAAGUACCGCAGGCGCACUCGGCAUAGACGCCUAUCGAAGCACCCAUCCUGUUGAGAUGCCAAUUUCGAGUCCCGAUGAUAUAUCUCAGGGCUUUGACCAGAUCACCUAUUCGAAAGGUGCCUUCGUCUUAUGCAUGCUUCGCGAUUAUUUGACUCCAGACGUCUUUUUUGCUGCUAUAUCAGAUUAUCUACAGGCUCAUGCUUAUAGCAAUGCCAAAACCAGUGGUUUAUGGGCCUCAUUCGAGAAGAUUUGUGGACAAGAUAUUGCUUCCUUGAUGGAUCCGUGGACCAAGAAGCCCGGUUAUCCCUAUCUCAUAGUCUCUGAGAAAAAUGGUGAAAUCAACCUUGAGCAGCAUCGGUUCCUCUUCACUGGAGAUGUAAAACCCGAAGAAGAUCAGACCAUUUGGCCAAUCUUCCUCAAUACACGAACGGCAUCAGGAACUACUUCCACAAUUCUUCAAAAUCGCAGCGAAAACUUAUCGCUAGAUGUUAAAACUGACCAGCACGAGUUUUAUAUACUAAACGCCAAUCGCACAUCACUUUGUCGCGUUUUAUAUCCCGAAGAAAGACUCAAAAAAUUAGUACAGGCAUGCCACAGCAGGCUUCUCACGUUACAGGAGCGAGCUGGCCUAAUUUCAGAUGCAUUUGCCUUUGCUCAGGCUGGCAACUAUAAGACUUCUACCGUGCUUGAUCUUGUCAGAUCGUUAGGGGAGAAUGACUAUCUGCCCUGGACCGAGCUCGCCGACCAGUUUCGGAAUCUAUUCCAGGCAUAUAUUGGAAACCAAGCCGUGUCGAGUGCUCUGAAAUCUUUCUACGUACAGAUUACGGCUCCGAUAAGCCACCGUCUGGGCUGGGACUUUACAGGCAAUGGAGAUCACGAAACACAGUUAUUCAAGGCACUGGCGUUUGUGGAGGCAGGCGUAGCAGGCGACAGCAAAGUUUUAAAGGCAGCAAAAUCCAUGUUUGACAAGUUUGCCAAUGGCGACGAACACGCAAUUCACAAAAGCAUACAGCUUGGAGUCUUUCGAAUGACUCUACUUAAUGGUGGGGUAAAGGAAUACAAUGUGAUUUUUGAUCAUGCUAAAAAUGCGCCAUCCUCGUACAGUCGACGCAUAGCCGCUCAAUCACUUCUUGCCACUGAAGACCCUACUCUCGUUAAGCGCACAUUGGACGCUAUUUUAUCCAAAGAACUCGAGCCAUCUGAAGCUCCAAUCAUCUUGAAAGGAUUGGGAUACUCAAGAACAGCGCGUGACAUGGCUUGGGUAUGGGUUCAAGAGAAUUGGGCACAGCUUAUACUGGCGUUUCCCGAUACCCUCGGCAGCAGAGAUCGGAUUAUAAGAUUCACCACGCUUUAUCUAACGACCCGUAAUCAGCUACUCGCUCUCGAAAGGCUGGUCAAGGAGCAAGAUAUACGAGGUGUGGAGCGAGAGCUGGAUCAUAGUGUGGAGUACGCGCAGGGAAUAAUCCAGUGGUUAGAGAGAGAUACGCCCAAUGUGGAAGCAUGGCUGGAGAAUUGGCUGGAGAAUGAAAUAUCCCAGGGUAUUGCUUUUUAA